AUGGAGUCCUUGACCAGCGCAGGCGCCGAGCGAGCGGCAUCCACCGAUCAGCCGCGGCCGCACGUCGUGCUGCUCGCCAGCCCCGGCGCCGGCCACCUCAUCCCGCUGGCGGAGCUGGCGCGGCGGCUCGUCGAGCACCACGGCUUCGCGGCCACCCUGGUCACCUUCACCGACCUGACCUCCUCCCCGGAAGCCCAAUCCGGCGUCCCUGCCUCCGUCGCCACCGCCUCUCUCCCGUCCGUCCCGCUCGACGACCUCGCCACCAACACGCCCAUGGAGACCGUCCUCUUCGAGCUCGUCCGCCGCUCCCUCCCACACCUGCGCGACCUCCUCCGCUCCGCCGCACACCUCGCGGCUCUGGUGCCGGAUUUCUUCUGCUCCGCGGCGCUUCCCCUCGCCGCCGAGCUGGGCGUCCCGUCGUACGUGUUCAUCCCCAGCAACCUCACCGCGCUCGCCAUCAUGCGCCGCAUCGUGGAGCUCCACGACGGCGUGCCCCCCGGCGAGCACCACGACCUCCCCGACCCUCUCGAGCUCCCCGGGGGCGUGUCGCUGCGCCACGCCGACCUGCCGUGCGGGUUCCAGAGCAGCAAGGAGCUGGUGUACGCGCACCUCAUCGAGGAGGGCCGGCGUUACCGCCAUGCCGACGGCGUCCUGGUGAACACGUUCUACGAGAUGGAGCCCGCAGCGGUCGAUGAUUUCAGGCAGGCGGCAGGGGAAGGCGCGUUCCCGCCGGUGUUCCCCGUGGGGCCGUUCGUGCGGUCAGGCGCCGCCGAACCCGGCGACUCGGCCUGCUUAGAGUGGCUGGAUCGCCAGCCAACCGGAUCCGUGGUGUACGUCUCGUUCGGGAGCGGCGGCUCCCUCUCCGUGGAGCAGACGGCCGAGCUCGCGGCCGGGCUGGAGGCGAGCGGCUACAGGUUCCUCUGGGUGGUGCGCAUGCCGAGCAUGGACGGCAAGGAAGACGAGGGGGAGCACGGGCGUGGCAAGAGGGACAAUCCAUUGGCGUGGCUCCCUGAGGGCUUCUUGGAGAGGACGAGGGAGAAGGGCCUCGCCGUGGCGGCGUGGGCGCCUCAGGUGCGCGUGCUGUCUCACCCGGCGACGGCGGCCUUCGUGUCGCACUGCGGCUGGAACUCCACGCUGGAGAGCGUGUCGUGCGGCGUGCCCAUGGUCUCCUGGCCGCUGUACGCGGAGCAGAGGAUGAACGCCGUGGUGCUGGAAGGCAGCGUCGGGAUGGCGCUCCCCGUGCGUCCUCGAGCACGGGACAGCGACGGCGACGGCGGGGUGGUGUUGCGCGGGGAGAUCGCUGACGCCCUGAGGGAGCUCAUGGAAGGGCCGGAGAAAGGACGGGCCGUGCGGCGCGAGGCCGGGGACAUGCAGCAGGCGGCGGCGCACGCGUGGGCGCCGGAGGGGUCGUCGCGCCGGGCGCUGGAGGAAGCCGCCGUCGCGUGGAAGGCGUGGCGCGGCUGGCGAGGGGAAGCAGUGACGAACAUGUCCGCGAGCGGCAACCCGCGGUGA